CUGGACCCGGUGUCUGAUGUAGGAUCUGAGAAGCUCUUUUCCCCCACCACACCCAAAGGUGUGCCAACGAAUGAGAGUCCCAAGUCCCGGACUUGUUCCUCGGCUAAAGUCUCGGGCUUGCAGCGCAGCCAGGAGCUGAGCAGGACCGAGGUGCCCUUUGCACCUCCCGUGCCCAGCCCCACCCCGGCCUCGGCCCCCACGGGCUCCCCUGCCCCUGCAGCAGCGGCAGCCCCCCCAGAUCCGCCGAGGUCCCGCCUCCCCACCCCUCCCUCUCUCAGUGUCAAGAAGGAGCAGCAGCCUCCGCCCCCUCUCCCUACCCCGCCCCUCCUGAAGGCACCGCCCCAGCCCCACCCCCCCCACCCAAACUCACACCAGGAGCCCCGCCUCCUCCCGCCCCCACCGCACCACGCCCGGCCCCUCAUCAACCACCAGGUGCAUCAUCCGCUGCAGUACAACAGCCUCCACGACAUCAGCCACCGCGGCAGCCCAGUGGGGCUUCACAAACAACACCUCCCCCCAUCCCCUCAUCACCACCUCAGUGGCCUCCCAUCGUCGGCUCCUACCUUACCUCUGUCCAUAGCCAAUCUCUCUACCUCACACUAUUCCUCCCUACGGAGCCCGGCCCAUCGCCAUUCGGCCAUGUUUGCAACCCCAGCCACACUGCCUCCACCACCGACCUUACCAACCAACAGCUUAGUGGUGCCUGGACACCCCGCCGGCACCCCCUACCCAGAUACCAGCCUGUUGAUAUCAUUCAACCAACCAAUCAUGUAUUGCCAGCCUCAUUCGGGGAUUCUUAUUGGCACAUUGUCACAGGCAACUCUCUUACCACCACCAAUGAGUCCCCACGUAGAAAAUCCUCACAGCAUGAGCUGGAGAAACAGAGAAUGCCAGCAUGAUAUCCUGAGGCAGGAGCUGAACAACCGAUUCCUGGUUCAAAGUUCAGAGCGGGGCCGGGGGCCGUCCGCCUCGCCACUGGCCCCCGUGUCGCUCCUGAGGGCCGAGUUUCACCAACACCAGCACAUGCACCAGCACCAACACACCCACCAGCACACCUUCACGCCCUUCCCCGCCAGUCUGCCCCCGGCCGCCAUCCUCACCCCGCCCACCGCACCCCCCAUGGUGCGUACCCAAGCCAGAAAUUUCGACAAAUACACCCCCAAACUGGACAAUCCAUUCAUCAGACAUUCAAAUUUCUACCCCUCCUAUCCCUCAACCAUGCCAGGCAUGCCCCCGCUGCUCCCCCACUCAGGACCCUUCAGCUCACUGCAAGGAGCCUUCCAGCCCAAGGCCUCUAAUCCCAUUGAUGUAGCAGCGCGUCCUGGAGCAGUUCCUCACACACUGCUACAGAAGGAUCCACGGAUAAGUGAUCCAUUCAGGACAUCUGUUCGGAAACCUGGCAAGUGGUGCGCAGUACAUGUCCAGAUCGCAUGGCAGAUCUACCACCACCAGCAGAAAAUGAAGCAAAUGCAGCUUGACCCCCACAAACUAGAUAUGAAUGGAAAGCUGGACCUCUUCAGUCGGCCCCCUGCCCCAGGAGUGUUCCCGGGGUUCCCAUACCCUCAUGACUUGGCACGGCCCCUCUUUCCCUCCACGGGCUCCGCCCAUCCAGCGCCCUCUCCAUAUGGCCACGCCCCUCAUCCCAGCAGCUUCCUGCCUCCAAGCCAUUUGGCAGAUCCAUUCAGUCGCUCCAGUUCCUUUGGCGGCCUCGGCAACCUUUCAAGCAGUGCCUUCGGAGGAUUAGGCAACCCUUCGCUUGGGUCCAACAGUGUGUUUGGCUCCAAGGAGGGGCCAGGAGGACUGCCCACGUUUGGCAGCCCCCACCACGACACCUGGAACAGACUUAGACGCACACCACCAUCCUUCCCCACCCCACCACAGUGGCCCAAAACCGCAGACGCUGAGAGAAGCAGCUCGGCCAACAGCCACGAAAGAGAGCGGGAGAGGGAAAGAGACAGAGAGCGGGAGAGGGAAAGGGAAAGGGAGAAAAGAGAUUCAUCCAUUGGAAAAGAGGAGAAAGAGAAAGACAGGGAUUCUGUAGAUCGCAACCGGCACUCCAAUCGUUCAUCUCCUGCCUCAGCGCCUGUCAGCUACCAGAUCAGCAGCCUGAUUCGCUCAAACAGCCAGAAUUCAAAUGAUUCGGGCCGGCAUCACAGCGGCAGCGUAGACCGAGUCCGUGAGGCUGAGAAGGAGCUACUGGAGCGCCACAGAGAGUCUUCCACGCUCAUCGAUGUGAAGGUGAAGGAGAGCCGCUCACCAGGCAAGGAGAUGCUGGAGAGGAGACCAUCAGAGGACUCCAUCAAACCCGCGCAGCGGUCUCCUUCUCCCUACUCCAAGUCGGUGAUCAGUGAGCAGGGCCUGAAGAUGGCAGGUGGGCCUCUAUCCGCUCUGAAGGACAGCGACAGGAAAGAGCCUCCACCCGCAGAGCUCCUCCACAAAGUGAAAAAUGACAUGAAGAUUAAGGAGGAGAGGAAGGAGGAGCAGGAGGUCAUGGUGGUGAGUUCAGAGCCACCCCCCCAGCCACCAACCCAAGUGAUUUCCACACCCGCCAGCCAGCCAAUGAAUCCUCACCACCAUCACCCACCGCUGUCCCAGCAGCAUCCCCUUCCCUCCCCCCGGGGGAGUGACAUCCCAGGACCUGGCCUGCAUGGUGUCCCCAUGGCCCAUUCUCUGCCACUUUCUAUGAGCGCCAUGCCCCAAAUGGGCAGCCUCAAUGUGCUGGACAGGGCUCGCAUGGCCCCCUUCAUGGGUGUGAGCCCACUGGCAGGAAGAGAGCGCUUGCCACACACAGCCUUCCCAUGGGACCCCCUCCGAGAGGCCUACCGCAACCUGGACCUGCAGCGGCGCAUGGACUUCCAGCUCAGGGCCGAGCAAGGACAUCGCUUCCCGAACAUGUACGAGCAGGAGCGGGCCUACCGGGAAAGGGAGGCACACGACUACUCGCACCACGAGCACCUUCUCGAGGUGCGCAGGGAGCAGGAGAGGAUGCGACAGCAGGCUGAGGAGCGAGAGCGCCUCCACCUGAGGGAGGAGCUGGACAGAGCACGUCUCCAUCAGCUCCACCAGUCCCCAAUGGAGGGACAUCUACCCCACAUGCCCCCCUUUAUGCCUCACCUAGGCGGCAUGCCCUACCCAAGACUGAGCCCCUCCACAGGACACAACGGCCCGCUCAACAGAACCCCCCCUACUGCUGCACUAAGUGCACCUCCACCUCUCGUGCCAGCCGGCAGUGCCAGACCUGCCUCGCCCAGGAGGACUACCCCCCUCACCACCCAGGACCCACGGGACUACUCUCCGUCUCGCAACCCCAAAGAAGUAGAGGCUCGGUAGCCUGUUGACAUAGGGCAGAAAGUCUUAGUGGGCACACUCACCAGCCCUAACCUUUUAUCUGGGAUCUCAUGUUGAACAAAAUGCACUGCUCCUCUCCUGAGAAGAAAGAAACUCCCCAAGGGAAAGGAUGUGAUUUGUACAAAGUGAGGUUGUGUCAGGCUGAAGAAGCACAUACCAUGAUUUUAUUUUUAGUGGACUGGAGGUGUAAUGAUGUCGGCAAAGAAAACACAAAUAUGUGUAUGUUUAUUUCCGACUUAAAUAUUUGAUAAUUAUUAAUAUAUUAAACUGAUACAUUUUUUCUGCUUUGUGCUGAAAAGAAAGGCCCUGAAAUGAGUUUGUACAUUUCCUAUCCUUGUUCCAUGUAUAGAUAUCAUUUCUAUGAAGUUUAUGUAUUUUGUGCUUUAGUCCUGCCUUUUACAAUAUUUAUCCCAGCUGAUUGUGAGACAUAUCCCCUAUGAUAAUGUAAAGACUUGAUUUUGGAUUAAACCGUCUGUAAUUUAACCUCAUGGUACCAGGAUAUCCUCAAUGAUGACAAUGUACAUUGCUACAUUACAGAUUUGUUUUGUUCAUUUGUUUGCCUUUGAGAUAUGCAGAUAAAUAUAUAUUAUGAGGUCUUUGUUCAGUCUCUGUAAAGAAAACUGAUGUAAAUAACCUGUUGAUAUUCUUCUCUGCAAGAUUACAUUGUAAAUUUAUUAGUCUUUUUAACCAUUUGUAGAAAAACAAAAUUUAAAUGAAACAUGUGGAAACACUUGUCUGUUGGAUACCGUUAUAACGGACAAGUCUGGCCAACGGACAGGAAGUAUGAAGGGAGGGUGUUGUAAGGAGACCGAGAUGGAUCAUCUGCAAUCUAUGCAAAGCAGCACACAACACCCUAAUGAAGAAGUCUCCUGGAGGAAGUAACGAUACUGGUGAAACUGAGAGAAACUUGGACUAACACAUGUUUCCGUGUACCAAUAAAUUAAUUAAACAGUUUUAAAGAGACUUCCAAGUCACAAACUGGACCAGCCCAGGGCAGAAAAGAAGGACACUUUUAGUGGGCAGCAAAAAGACUUUCUCUGUCAACCUUGUGGUGUUGUGCAGUUGUUUUUCUUAGACUCUUGUAUACAAAACAAGUAGAGUUUUAGGCGUGAAAAAAAAGGAAAAUGAACAUUCAUGGUUUAAAAUGUACGGAAUAAAGUUUGGACCUAAUGUCAA